UAUCUGACCUCAUCUACAUAUUCGGUAUUUUCUGAUCCCACAUCCUUAUCAAGAUAAAUUGGUCAUCUAAAUCAGGUAGUCAUGCACUAAGGAGAUGCAUAUCCUCCAGUAUUUCACAGAUGAAAAUUGGGGUGCAUGGGGCCAAAAGACACCAGGGAGUGGUCAGGAUGGCAAAAUGCACAAAGUGCGGAGGGGCUGAGAGAUAUUCCUUUUGCUUGAGCCUACUGGGAAGGACAAGAGCCCACCCUCUCCUUUCUUGAACUCUGCCUAUAGCAAUGGGAGUAAGAUGAGGACAAAGGGGGAAGGUAGGAGGGAAGAGAGAAUCGAGGGCAUUUUAAAAGCAGCUGAAAAAUGGAAUGAAAGAGGAUUAGUUGAGACUGUUCCUGCCAGUUGGAGGGUAUUCAGAUGCAAAGUUCCUCCUUACAGCUCGCUAAUACAGAAUGUACCAGUGGAUUGUGCUGCAUUUUUAUUAUUAGUGGUGAAGGACCGUUUGGGUUUUUCAACACAGUCUAGAAUUGGUCCUGUCUGUUGUGCCACAGUAAGGGACUCGUGGAGAUGGUUAGAAAGGUGUGACAGAAGUUGAGUGAUUUAAGUGUGCUUUUCUGAAUUAGGCUUAGGGACAAUCUUCAGGGAAAUAACAAAAAUGUGAAAGUAGGUUUUUAACUGUGUUCUGGAAUGGAUGGCAAACCUUUGCAGGCCAGAGUGCUCUGUGCAAAGAUGCCGAGGGCUCUGCGCUGCCCGGCACACGUGUCCCCAUUAAUGUUUCCAUUGCUUUGGAUUGCGCUCCCGUCUUUCCAUCACUGCAUCUGCAGCGUGUAUCCAUGGUUCUGAGAUCACAUGCAGGGAUGGGUUAAAGUAGUGGAAGGCUGGUGUAUUCUAGCAGAGUUAGUGACUUCUCAGCUACAGGCUGCGGAGCAAGCAGAAAACAGUGAAACAAAUGAUUUGAGAGCGAGAGAAGGCACAAGAAGGAAGGAGAGCGUCCUGGGAGGAGAGGAGUUAAUGAAACAGGUGGGGGGUAAACAGUGGUGAGGAAAAGGACUGUCUCAAAAGUAUUGUUUCAAGAGCCCCAGGAGCUAAGUUCUGAAUCUAUGGAUGGGAACUCUUCACAAAGCAACAGCAGAGUCCAGAACAAAGAGAAACCAAGAGCUGGCUAAAAAAUGAAUGAAAGAAAGUUGGAGCCAGACCAAGAGUGUUGUGAGCGAUGUGGAAGACGAGCAAAAGAGAUCGACCAGGAGACCAAACACAUUUAGGGGAUGUAACCCAAGCUGGAUGGGAUGCAGGCAAUUGUCUCUUUUCAUCCUUCCCUUGAAAACUGGAUUUUCUGGAUUCAGAUGGGAAUAAGCUGACCACACACCAGGUAUCUGCUUUACUUUAGAGGGAAGUAUGGCGACAGUCCACCAGCCCUGAGUCACCUUUACCUCGUUGUCCUUUGUGUACUGCUGUGUGUGACAUCCACUCUCACACACAGGUGGAAACCACUUGGCUCUCUAGCAAGUAGUCCUUCAUGUUAAAACGAGUCAUGGGCAGCAUCCGGAUAAACAGGUACAGUAUUGUCUCCACUGAAGAGGAUAGGCACAAAGUAUCCUCUCUUGGCAAAAUUAAUGGUCACAGCCAGAAUGGAAAAAGCCAUGUGACACGACGGAAGCGCCGCAACCGCUUUGUUAAAAAGAAUGGGCAGUGCAAUGUCUACUUUGCCAACUUAAGCAACAAGUCUCAGCGUUACAUGGCUGAUAUCUUCACGACGUGUGUGGACACCCGUUGGCGCUACAUGUUCAUGAUCUUUUCAGCAACCUUCUUGGUUUCCUGGCUGUUUUUUGGCCUCCUCUUCUGGAUCAUUGCUUUCUUUCAUGGUGACUUAGAUGCCCCUAGUGCAGGAAAUGAUCCUUCCACAACAAAACUCUGCAUCAAGCAUGUCAGUGGCUUCUCAGGAGCUUUCCUCUUUUCAGUUGAAACACAGACCACCAUUGGCUAUGGUUUCCGGUAUGUGACCGAGGAGUGCCCGCUAGCCAUCAUGGUGGUAGUGGUCCAAUCUAUUGUGGGUUGUGUGAUUGACUCUUUCAUGAUUGGCACCAUCAUGGCUAAGAUGGCCCGCCCUAAGAAAAGAGCCCAGACUCUCCUUUUCAGCCAUCACGCCGUUAUCUCUCUACGGGAUGGCAAACUCUGCCUCAUGUGGCGGGUGGGAAAUUUGAGGAGGAGCCAUAUUGUGGAAGCUCAUGUUCGGGCUCAGCUUAUCAAGCCCUACAUGACAGCAGAAGGUGAAUAUGUUCCACUGGACCAGCGGGAUCUGAACGUGGGCUAUGACAUAGGCCUAGAUCGCAUCUUCUUAGUGUCUCCAAUUAUUAUUAUUCAUGAGAUUGAUGAAGAAAGUCCACUCUAUGCAAUGGGUAAAGAAGAUCUGGAGAGGGAGGACUUUGAGAUCGUUGUCAUCCUUGAGGGCAUGGUGGAAGCGACAGCGAUGACCACUCAGGCCCGCAGUUCCUACCUGGCCAGUGAGAUCCUUUGGGGACACCGUUUUGAACCUGUUGUCUUUGAGGAUAAGAAGCGCUAUAGGGUGGACUACUCACGCUUCCACAAGACCUACGAAGUGGCUGGAACCCCUUGCUGCUCUGCUCGGGAAUUGCAGGAAAGUAAGAUUACCAUCCUGCCUUCCCCUCCACCACCGCCCAGUGCCUUCUGCUAUGAGAAUGAGUUGGCUCUUGUCAGCCAAGAUGAAGAGGACGACGACAAUUUGCAUGUAAGGGCAGAUUUGGGUGGAGGAACUAAGGAGGACGAGGGAGUUAUACCUAUGAUGGAGUUUGGGAGCCACAUGGAUCUUGAUCGGUUGCAGGUCUCCAUUCCCCUGGACACACUCUCAUACCAUAGGGAAUCAGCCAUUUAAUAUCCCUGCCUGACUUUCCACCCCAAACAUUUUCUCCUAGGUUUCCUUCUCCAAAACAUCAGUCUUUUACCAACUGUUGAAAAACUGGCCAGACAUAGACAAGACAGCUCCUUUGGUGCUGGAUGUGUUGGGUUUCUUUCCAUGAAAUUAGACAUUGGUUUAUAAAGACCCUGAACUCAGAAGAUCCUCAUUUUCCCACUCCUGCUUAUCCGUGACCUAGAACUGGAAGACUAUAAUAGCUGUGUCAAUCAACGGUGGUAAUGGGACAUAUUGCAUGCUAUCGAAAGGACCAAUUAUUGCUAAGGUGACUGAUAUUAUUGCUGCAAAAAAGUCAAUGGCUUGGUGGAGAAUCUGUUUGUUCAAGUGCAGGGUGGGGAAAUAUAAUUUCCAUGUGUUUUUAUUAUUUGCAGUGAAUAACUUUAUCUUCCACUGUUCUUGCACAUGAACACCAUCUCUGUGUCUCAUUCAGGUUUUUGGUAUACAUGACUCUCAACUAUGUUAACACCCAUUUUUUCUUUUAUCCUAUGAAAUUCUGGUCCCUUCCCACUGUGAUGCAAUUGAAACCAAUUAAAAAUGUUUGCAAGAGGAAAGAGCUACAGUGGGGCCAAUAUGUGAACAAUCUGUACAUUAUUUCUCCUAAGGAAUAAUAUCUGUAUGCUCCCCAAGCUCUCACCAUUUAAUUUGUCCCAUAUUUGAUAUUGAUAUUAGAGCUAUUUAUUUUUAAAUAAAAUAUAAUGAUCUAAAGGAAAGCCUGGAGACAAGGAGCAGGGGAUCUAACGUCAAUACAAUGUGCCAUGAUUAUUAUUGUUUGAUGAUAAGUAUACCAUAUUUAAUGAUAAAUAUACCAUAUUUAAAUAA